GGCCUUGUCCUUGGUGGUUGGUUUAGCGCUGGAGCGGUGGGAACGUCCGAUAAACUCUGCGUUGCUUUUCCCCACGAGGUUCCGGAUACCAACACCGGCCUCCCGCUUCCCGGAAAACCAUCGCCCGGCCCCUCCGUUGUGGGCGUUUCUCUGGGUGCUCAUGAAAAACCAAAACAACCGCGUCGCCUCGGCCAUGGCUGCGGGAAACGCGGUGGAAAAUCUCCAGGAGGAAACCACCUGCGCCGUCUGCUUGGAUUUCUUCCGCGAUCCCGUCAUGCUCCUGGGUUGCGGCCACAAUUUUUGCCGCCGUUGCCUCGAUCGUUGCUCCGCGGAUGCCGCUGGGGCCGGCUCCUGCCCCCAAUGCCGUUUACCUUUCCCCAGCGGUGGCUUCCGUCCCAACCGGCAACUGGCCAACGUGGUGGCGGCCGUCCAGGAGCUGGCAAGGCCGGCAGCGGAGGAGUUUUGCCAGCGGCACCACCAACCCCUCAGCCUUUUUUGUCGCCGGGAUGGGAUCCUCCUCUGCACCGCCUGCGCCGAGCAUCGCGCCCACCCCGCCGUGCCCCUCGAAGAGGCCGCUCGCUGGUACAGGGCGGAGAGGAGGAUGAGGAUGGGGCUGCCCACGCUGACCAUACCCCAGGUGCUUUCUGGGGGAGGUGGAUGGUUGAUCCCAAGCUUGGUGGCGACGGGGAUCCCAGGGAUCUCCCGGGUUGGAGCCUCUCCCGGGGAAAUAAAGCUUUCCCCGUGUUUUUUCCAGCACGGGGAAGGGAAAUUUGGGGAUUUCUCAGGAUUAACCCCCCCUAUUUGCCCCCCUCCGAGGUGCACGGAGUGGAGAGCGCAGCCGUCACUGCUGCCGAUGCCGGAGCUGGAAGCGAAACUUGAGGAUUUUGCCCUGAAAACCAACGCGCUGGCAGAGGCGGUGAAGCAGUUUAAAGACAUCCUGGGGUGCUCCCUGGAGGAAGACUCGGGGGGAUAUCGGAGAGCAACCGUGACGCUGGACCCAGCCACAGCUCACCCCCAAAUCCUGGUGUCAGCCGACGGCCGGACCGCAGGACGCCGGGAAUCUCCCCCGGCUCCUCUUCCCUCGGGAUCAGAGCGUUUCGAGUCUCUCCGCUGCGUUUUGGGUCGGCAGGGCUUUGCGGGGGGUCGGCACCGCUGGGCCGUGGAGGUUCGCCCUGGUCCCGACUGGGCGCUGGGGGUGGCUCGGGAAUUUGUGUCCCGUAAGGGCUGCUUUGGUCUCAGCCCCGAACGCGGGGUUUGGGCCGUGGGGCAGUGGUUGGGGCAGUUACAGGCUUUCACCCGGGCCAGCCCCACAUCUCUGCCCCACAGCCCCGUCCCCCCAUGCCUCCAGGGGGAGCUCUGCUCACCCUCUAGACUUUCAACAGUGGCCGAGGAAGAGGAGAAACCACCAGAAAAGGCAGUGGGGAAGGGCGGCAGCUUUCAUCUUCAGGGCCCGAAUUUUGAACAAGGCCCCCGACAAAACCACAGAUUGCCAUGA